UCCUUAUACAUCAAAGUUAUAAAGAGAGAUGCUUUGUAACCCCACAAAAAAAAAAAGUUAUAAAGAGAGAUGCUUGCACCAGAAAGAAUUCAUUGCAAUUCACGAGUUGGGCCCCUACCUUGACUUUUUGGGUUGUAGUUGUACCUAACGCACUACAAAUUCAUACUGCUUGACAAGAGACGCACUGCUGCUAUAUUCUAGUUUUCUUCAGUAAUCAAUCAACAGUUACUUUGUUCUUCUUCCUUCAUGGCAGAGUUCUUUACUUUCGUUCCCCAGGAAAUGCUCACGAAACUGGCUUCACUAGCCGGAAAAGAACUCAGACUUCAAUGGGGAUUCAAUGAAGAAUUAACAAAGCUGUGUGAAACACUAUUCAUGCUUGAAGCUUUGCUACGUGAUGCCGACCAUCCGCGACACAAUCAGGGUGAGGCGGUGCAGCGGUGGGUGGCGAAGCUUGAACACAUAGCUCAUGAUGCUGAUGAUGUAUUGGAUGAGUGCAAAUAUGAAGAGCUCCGGCGUCAAGUAGAGGCGCGGACCCGAAUCGACAGAAUUCUCAAGUCCCUUCCACUCUCCAAGCCCAGAUUUCGUCGGAAAAUAGCACGGAAGAUUCAGAAAAUCACUGAAUCUCUGGAGAAUCUGAACAAAGUUGCUCCUAGUUAUGGGUUACUUCGUACGCCAUUGCCAUCUGCAGAUGCAACAACCUCUCAUAAAAGGGAAACUUACUCCUUCUUUGAUCAAGAUGAAAACAAAAUCAUUGGCAGAGAGGAGGUAGUGUCUGAUAUAGUGACAAACUUGAUAAACUCAAAUAGUGGUCAAGCAAAUCACCUUUCCGGUUUUGCUAUUGUGGGUAUGGGAGGCCUCGGGAAGACAACUGUGGCUAAAAAAGUAUGUCAUGAUCCUAAGAUAGAAGAGCACUUCGAUCGAAAGAUAUGGAUAUGUGUAUCUACUGAUUUCCAAGUCGUGAUGAUAUUAAGGAGGAUCUGGCAAUCUUUUAAACACAGAGCUGCAGUAGAAGGCAAGGAUGAACUUUGUAAAACCCUCCAACAAGAGUUGAAAGGGAAAAGAUAUCUUCUCAUACUCGAUGAUGUUUGGUGCCUUGAAUCUGAAAAAUGGGAAGAGUUGAUCAAUUGCUUGUUAAAUGUUACUGAUAGGGUGGGGUGCAACAUCAUUGUCACCACCCGCAACAUGAGGGUUGCAUCAACCAUUGAAUCAAUUGUGCAAGCAUUUUCUAUAUGUGAAAUGGACAAGCUAUCAGACGACCAAUGUUGGCAGAUAUUGAAGAACAGAGCAUUUUCAGAUGGAGGUGCUCAUAUAAAUAGAGAUCAAGAAAUCACUGGAAAGGAGAUUGCUAGAAGGUGUGCAGGUUUACCACUAGUGGCGAAGGUUUUGGGAAACAUGAUGCUCUCCAAAAUGAGUGAUGGAUGGGGGUCAAUCCUAGAAAGCAGUAUAUGGGAUUUGCCCGAAGGAGAAGAGAAAAUCUUGUCGAUUUUAAAGUUGAGUUUUGACGAACUAAAGUCACCAUCUUUAAAACAAUGUUUUGCAUACUGCUCUAACUACAUCAAAGAUUUUGUAUUCGAAAGGGAGGACUUAAUCCAGCAUUGGAUGGCUCAAGGAUGGCUACAUCCUUCCAAGGAAAGAGAGAUGGAAGAUAUAGGUGAAGAAUAUUUUAAUAUCCUACUGGAAAAUUCUUUUUUUCAAGAUGUUACAAGAGACUACUAUGGAAAUAUCAUCUAUUGCAAGAUGCACGAUCUUGUGCAUGAUGUUGCAGAACGUGUAUCAAAGUCUUGGCAGGAAAGAGGUCGCUCAUUUGUUGGCGAUCAAGUCUUUCUACCAAGCUUUCAAACUUUGCGAGUCUUAGGAUUAUACGGGCCAAAUAUCAAGGAGUUGCCAGUUUCAAUUGGAAAAAUGAAACACUUGAGGUAUCUGGAUAUUUCUGAUACAAGGAUUACAACACUCCCCAAAUCUAUUGGCAAGCUUUAUAACCUACAGACUUUGAAAAUGGAAGGUCUCCGCUUGAAAGAGCUUCCAAAGGAAUUGCUCAAUUUGAUCAAUUUGAGACAUAUUUGUCCCAUUAGAUCAAGCGUAUAUCUUUCACAGCAGUUUCCAUGGCCAGCUGGGAUGGGGCGAUUGACUAACCUUCAAUCAUUACCUUAUUUUACGGUGCGUAAGGAGAUAGGUUGGGGAAUCGAGGAACUGGGCGGCUUGAAACAAUUGAAAGGUGGACUAACUAUUUAUCAUCUGGAACAUGUGAGAGAUAGAGAAGCAGCUAAGAAAGCAAAUCUAGUGGGGAAGCGUAUACGUGAUUUAAGCUUUAGUUGGUCAAGUAACGAACACCGGGCAAGCAGCAGCAGCAACAUUGAUGAGGAUGUACUGGAAGCACUUCAACCACACCCUACUUUGGAAUUCUUAAAGAUUGAAAACUUCAUGGGUGAUAAAUUUCCUUCAUGGAUGAUGAGCAAGUUGUCUCUACCCAGAAAUUUGGAAGAGAUCACAUUUGGGGGCUGCAACAAAUGUGAAGGAGUCCCAAAACUUGGCCAUCUGCCUAAUCUUAGAUCUCUUCUCAUGGACUACAUGUCAAACCUGAAAUGUCUAGGAUCUGACUUUUACGGUUACGAUCCCCAUGAGGCUACGACAGGUUCUCAGACGAAGGCUCUGUUUCCUGCAUUGAAGAGUUUGCAUAUUAAAAACGCCAAGAAGCUAAUCGAAUGGAGUGAACCACAAGUAUUGUUGCCAACAGAGGUGUUUCCACGUCUUGAGGAGCUUAUUCUGUGGGAUUGUCACAAGUUAACAAGUGCUCCCACUUAUUUUCCAUCUCUUCAGAAGCUGAGUGUGAUUAGAAUGGAUAGCGGUGUACCGGUAACAAGUAUUCUUAGCAAACUGACCACUCUCACUUAUCUCGAUCUAGAAUGGGCGGGAGGAGUUAACUGCCUGCCGGACGGGAUGUUAAGGAACAACAAGAAUCUUGAACUUUUGGGGCUACAUCGUUGUUUGGAGUUAACUUGUAUUGCUCCCCAUGGAUUUGGUUGUUGCACUUCUCUUCAGACACUGCAUAUUUCAUACUGUCCUAAACUGAGGUAUUUACCUGAGGGAAUACUAGCACCAUCUCUAAAGAGGUUGGUUAUAACGGCCUGCGACAGUCUGGAGUCCAUCCCAUUUACGGAGGGGAUAGAAUACAGCAGUCUCGAAACCUUGACAAUCAGGGAAUGCAACAUAACGUCCAUUCCAAUUUCACAGGGCUUGCCAUCCCUUCGUGUACUAAAGAUUGUGCGUUGUCCUAAACUGAGGUAUUUACCUGAGGGGCUACUAGCACCGUCUCUAAAGAAGUUGGAUAUAACGGCCUGCGACAGUCUGGAGUCCAUCCCAUUUACGGAGGGGAUAGAAUACAGCAGUCUUGAAACCUUGACAAUCAGGGAAUGCAACAUAACGUCCAUUCCAAUUUCACAGGGCUUGCCAUCCCUUCGUGUACUAGAGAUUUUGCAUUGUCCUAAACUAUCGAGCCUCCCAAGUGGACUAAACUGCUGCACCUCUCUUGAGAAGUUGGAGAUAAUAAACUGCCCCAGUCUGGAGACAAUUCCAUAUUUAGCAUCCCUCACCAGCUUGAAGAUAUUGAACAUCGGUGCCUUCUGCGAGCUCGAUUCAUUCCCUGCUAUACCGGUCAUGCCACAACUUGAGGAACUAAGGCUGGAAGGCUGGCCUAAGCUCAACUCUCUGCCUGAACAGAUUCAACACUUCACUUCUCUCACAUCUUUGACUAUAUGCUCCUUCGACCAUGUGGAGGAAAUUCCAGACUGGUUUGGAAACUUCUCGUCUCUUGACUGCCUCACCAUAGAGAGUUGCCAAAAUCUAAAGAAACUUCCUUCACUCCAAGCUAUGCAAUGCCUCACAAAAUUAAGGUUCCUGUUCAUCUAUGCCUCUCCUAUAAUUGAAAGAUGCAGGAAGGGUGGCCCAGAGUGGCCCAAGAUUUCUCAUAUUCCAGAUGUCCGUCUGGAAUAGUAGAAAUGCAUAUGUAUGAAGCUAUGUAUCGAGGCAAGGCAAACUUUUCAAAAAUGGUUGUUCCUUUCUACUGCUGUGCUGAUCAUGAGAAGAUAUAUAUUAGAAAACACUCCAAUUGCUGAGAUCAGAAGUAAUUGAGGCAACAGUUGAUCAGAUCACCUUGUUCGGAUCCCAUUCCCCUUAGCUUCCCUUUCAACAAAAGAAGCUUCCAUGCCAGUUGGUUCCUCCGAGUUGUCCUCCAGAGGAAUGGUACUAAAUGCUGGCUCGUCAAUCAUUAUCUUUCCAAUCCACAUUAUCAGCUGUUCUUUGGCAUCUUUGGGUUUUAUAGAAGAACUGUUGAUCAAGCAUUCGUCAAAUGAAUAUGACACAUUCUCAGUUUCUCACAGUUUCAAGAGGACCAAUUGAGUUGCAGAUGUUCUUCAAAGUUGUUAAAUGUCUCUGGGAUCUAGAUGUUCUGCACUUUUCAGAAAGCCACAAGCAGUAACUUGGUGUAGGCAAAAAACAUCUUUUUGAGCAAACAAAAUUCAAAGGAGAAGUUCAUGCCGAUCCAUGUCACUCAUCGGAUGGAGGCAUUACGAUUUAUUUUUGGGGUUUCAACCACACCCUCUACAAAGCAUGCAUCUGAGAAUCUUUGCAGCAAGGUGACGAAAUUAUUGUUGCAGUUCCUGGUAGUAGUAACAUCUUGUAUAUUCACAAGGAGGCUUUCAGUCAACUGUUCUGUAAUAGAUGCAAAACAGUUUCCUGGUACUUCAGCUACCUUUCCCCUGAAGAUAAUACAGGGUCUAUCAACACCUUUCUAAUAUUUGGUUUGGCUGUUCGCAAGUUAUUCGAGGAGCACUGCAAUUGAUUAAAUAUACAUCAGUUUCCACGUGAGUCUCUUCCUUAGUGCCAGGACAAGCUGAUCAGGAAAAGUGUGUCCCAAGUAUCCUCCAGAGUGUUUCAGGAAAGCAUUAACAGCUUGCAUUCAAAGGUAAAAUGGAGUCUCAAGGUCCAAAAAUGGCUAAGGAGAGCAUAAAGGGCGCCAAAAUAAUCAAGAAAUGAAGAAAUGGAGUUCUACUCAUACUAGGAGACCUGUGGAAGCCAGGAGAAGUCUAUGGAACGUCCAUGAAGCAUCUAGAAGUCUCAUGAAGAUCACAAAUCCAUUACAGAUUCGGAAAACUGUCAAUGCAGAUCAGUCAACUUCAACGGAGUGUCAAAAAUCGCUCAGAGCUCAGAAAAUUAUGAUCUUUAUAUGGUUGGAAAGCUACGGAUGUCUAGUUUCCAUAACUUUUUACAUCUCGUCGAUAUCUAUUUUCUAGAAGAAGUUAUGAUCAUUUUAGUGCACUGAGGUCAAGUCUGCCGGAAAUCUGUUUUGUGUCAAAGGAGUUCUAACUCAAUUUUGUUUCUUCAUCAUCUAUCUUAGUUUGUUUUCAAACUUGAGUACCAUUUGGACAGAAACAUUUAGACUGUUAUAGUAUAAAUAUAUUAUAGUAUAAAUAUCUAUAUCUUGUAAUAGGUACUUGAGUGUAUAGAUAAGUACUUGAGUGUGUAAAUAUAGGUAUGAAGACUUGUGUGGAAUAAAGUAUAUGGGGAAGCAACAAGCAUGGCAGCUCUCAUAAUUGCAGCAACCAUGUGGAGCUGCAGCUAUGAUCAUUGAAGCCAUUAUAAUGGACUUCUUACCAUUGCAUCCACACUACAAUGUAUUUCUAUAAAUACCCUAUUUUGUGAGAAGAAAAAAACACCUUGCUUCAUAACUUUUUCCAUCUUCUUCCUCUCUCCAUUUUCUUACCAUAAGCAGUUUUCAUAUCUUCAAGGAGCUUAGCUGUGCCAUCCACCCUCCUAGCUAUGAUCACCACCUUGUGCCGCCACCUUGGAGCUGCUUUGGAUCUUUGGGACGUAAUCAAGAGUUGUUCAUUCCACCAUUAUCAUCAUAUCUUCACGGUUAUGUGUAAUUGUAGAUAGAGAAUUCUGUUUUUAUUUUCUUUGUAAACUGAAAUUAUGAGUUCAUAAUCUUAUUUUUGGAACAAUUUUGAUGCUCUUUUCAAAGUAAUAUUAGUUUAUGUGUUCUUGAUCUUUGUGUGUUUCAUCUAUAUGAAAAGAUAAUCUGAUUUUGUUUUAAAGAAAACGUUUACAUGUUUUUGGUUCUUUGGUUCGAAACAUAGAGUGAUUGCAUGUAAUUGGAGCUAGCAAUUAGGUUUAUGUUUUGUAAUCCUAAUUCAAAUGAGUAGUAAAGGCUUAGGACAUAAGUCGAAAUCAGAUUGUUUAUGCAUUGAAUUGACAUGCUUUGUGUACAUGGAUUUGCAUAAUUAUUAACCAAACUUUCACAUGAACUUAAUGAUUUGAAACUUGAGUUUGCAUGAUUGCUUUGAUUGUGUGAAACCUAUUUUCAAAAUAUAUUGGUUAGGUGCUUUGCUUGAUCAAUUGUGUAAAAGGAAGUAAAAUAAGAGACAUUGUUUGCUUUUAACUUUGUUUCUUGGUUGAUAACUUUUCAUGGUAUUAGUAAAGGAUUAAGGAUGCAUGUAACAAAUUGAUCUUGAAUUGUAGUGGAUGAAUUGUUACCAAAAUUUUAUGUUCAUGAUUCCAUUCAUCUUCAACUUUUUGUUUUAUUUUUGUUUUCCAAAAUUUUCAUUCCAAAACUCCCCAAAACCUUUAUUUGAUUUCGUGAUAUGUGUUCUUGUAUAUAAAUUUGUGUUUUUAGCUUUUCGUACUUGUAAAUAUUUCAAAUAUAACCUGAAAAUACCUUAAAAGAACUUGUGAACUUUGUUUAAGUUUUUAGGAUGUUAGUUUCAGUUCAUGUGUGUUUUUCUAGUUAGUUUUGUGUUAGAAUUAGUUUUUAUUUAGAUUUUGUGUUUGUGCUAUAUUUAUUUGUAUUUACUUAUAUUCCUGUUCUUUGUUUUAUUUUUGUAAAUAAUACUUCUUAUUGUUUAAUUUCUUUAUUUGUUUACACAAUUACAGGUGUACCCUCAAUCCCCGGAUAGAACGAUCCCUAUUUACCAUAUACUAACGAUGACAUUUUACAGGGUUAAAUUGCGUGCUACUUUGAGCGUGUCACUAUACUUACAAGUUAUAUAGGUAACGAGUAGACGCUUGGGGAAAGUGGGGUGAUUCUCUAAAUAAAUGAAUGUUUUAUUUUCUACUACUAUUUCAAGAGAAAUAAUGUAAUAUAUUUUUGUUCAACUUCAAUAUUGUAAAAAUAAUAAUUUCAAUUCCUAAUAAAAGUACUAUUCAGACUUA